AAAAACACCAAAACCCUUGUUUGUUGGCUUAUAUCUCGAUCUCGUCCUCGUCCUCGUUGUGAGAUUCACACCGAUCGAGGGAUUGAUCCCUCCGUUUGCCCUAAUCUUGCGAGCCUUUCCGCGGCUUCAGCGCCAUGGCGAUGGGAGGCGGCGGCGCGUCGGAGGAGGCGCUGAAGCGAAGCACUGAUUGCGUUUACUUCCUCGCUUCGCCGCUAACCUGCAAGAAAGGAAGUGAAUGUGAGUAUCGCCACAGUGAAAGUGCUAGAUUGAAUCCAAAGGAUUGUUGGUACUGGCAGAGUGGCAGUUGCUUGAACCCAAAAUGUCCUUUUCGGCAUCCGCCACUGGAAGGUCUCACUGGGACUUCUUCUGGAUCAGCUCCGGCUCCAGCGCCAGCUCCGGCUCCCACGCAAGCUCUGGCACCAACACAAAUGACCCCUGCUCAUGGUCCAAGUUACAACUCAAUUAAACAGAGUGCUCCUUGCUAUUAUUUCCAGCAGGGGUUUUGUUUAAAAGGCAGCAGAUGCCCAUUUAUGCAUGGACCGCCACCUACUGGUAAUCCAGCUUUGCAGUAUGUGGCAAAGGGUUCUCCACCUACUGCUGAGCCGUCUCAGAUGCUUAAAAAAGAUUCAUGGGGCCUUAAAGAAUGUAACGGUCAGCAGAUCUUUAAAGUCCCAGCAGCUAAAGUACCACCAGCUGCAAGAAAUUCUGUUGGAAGAACUGAGACUGAACCUAAUAAUGGUCCAAAUAACUUGUUAGCUCUUCGUCGGCACGAGUUAGCAAGAUCACCACCAUUGCAUGCUUCCCUCAGCAGUGGCAAUGCAGAAAGUGGCCUCUUUAAUCAUCAGGUUCAACCGGUGGAUGAGCAUCCACAUAAUGGCAGGGAAGCUGAUGAAUUCUUGGCAGAGUCAUCUCCUGGUUUUGAUGUACUUGUCGAAGAUGAUGUUGAAGAUGGCUAUUUCCCCAAUGAAGAUGAAUUUGGAAUGGCAUCAGCCCCAGAUGGAAGAAGGAUGAACACUGUGAAUGGCUUUGACUAUCACCUCUCUGAUUAUGAAGCUGUGCCCAGAUAUGAAAUGGAUCGAUAUGAUGGCAUGGGUGAAUAUGACAGAUAUGGGCAGUCACACCAGCAUCUUGGUUCGGAACUGCGCAGGGGUUCUUCUAAGAGAGUUGCAGAUAGACAAUUGAUGCAUGAAAGGGUGAGGGAGAAGAAGAACCUGGAUCAGAUGGAUGGUUCAGAUUUGAGACAUCAGUUGAAACGAAAAAGACUCAAUGGUUCAAGAUCAGCAAUCAGUCCUGAUCGUCGUGCAAGGCCCUAUUGGAGGGAUGAUCACCAUGCUGAGAAAAGAUAUCGCGAUGGUACCGAGGAAAGAUAUCGUCCUGAUCGCAGGGAUCAAUUACGAUUUCCAUCAGAACGUCCAAUAAGCACUCGAUUACAAGGCAGAAUAACUCUUCCCAGGAGAACUUCACCUGUUAAUUCAACUGAUCACAGAUCAGACAGAGAACUAGACAGGGCAAGGCAUCGAGGCAGGUCAUCACCACCCAGGCCAAUAAAUCACCAGCGAAGAAGGCACCUCCAGGACAGAAUAAGACGGAGACCAGAUGAAGAUUUUGCCACUGAUGCUAGAAAUUCUGGUGGCCAGGCAAUCAAUAAAGAUGAUUCAGACUCCUUAGAUUUUGCUGGUCCAAAGAGUCUUGCGGAGCUGAAAGUUGCAAAGGAACUAAAGAACUCCCAGGAGCAAUCAGGUGAUUCUUUUAAUGUUAUUGCAACUGCAGAGCAUAAAACCGUAUUGGAUACGGUAAUUAUUUCUCAAGAAUCUGCUGGUUCAAAGCCUCUGAGCGUCAUGUUGGAAGGAAAUUGUGAGGCAGCUAAGGGCGAUGCUGUUAUUUCCAACAAAAGUGAAAAUGGUGUUUCUGAACCAGCGGCAUCUUCACAUUUUCAUCCCAUUCAUACUAUACACGAAGCGAACAGAGACAAUGAAUCAGCACCAAGAACAGUGGAAAAAGGAGUUCUUACCCCUGUUGAAGUUGAUCAUUCGGAAAUGGAAGAGGGUGCAGGAGCAGAAAAUGUGGGUGAAGAUCAUGAUUUGGAGAACGGAUAUGACGAUGCUGAAGGUGAUGCUUUCAAAGCAGAAGAUGAUGAGUACAUAUAUGAAGAGAAUGAGGAAGAAUUGGAUGAAGAUGAUGACUUUGCGAGGAAGGUCGGUUCCAUGUUUUCUUAAGCUUACACUGUGCUUAUGCCCACAGACAGACUUCACAGCUGCUUGUUCAUAUGUCUAUCCUUCAUUGAAUCAUUUCUCAGCAAAGAGGGCAUGCCCAAUGCUUUUGAUUAAAAGCAAAUGAUGGACAAACAGAAAGGUCAGUAGUUUUGGAGCUUCGGCCAAUAAUUGACCGAUAAUCGCUUGUAACGAUAUUGUUCUGCAAAUUUCUUUUCCUGAUCAAACUUGAUUCCUUGUAGUGUUGGGAGUAUUGUUUUAGUGUCUUAACAUAUUUUCUAGUUGCUUAUUUGGAUAUUCUUACAAGUUACAACCCUUUUAUGGGAUCUUUUCUC